UCUUUUGCUCCGGACAACAAAUGACAUGUCUGCUUUUGUGAACGAUAAGCAGGCGAGGCAGACAGUUGGGUUUGGUGAGCCUGUAGUGUUUGAGCCCAGCCAGCCAGCAACAACCAGCCGCCUGAAUGUAGAUCCGCAUGGGCUGCUACUACUACUCCAUCUCUCCAAAUAACCCGGCGGAAUCAUAACAUACGGAUCCCAGGAUGGUGUUAGUGCAUGUCGGAUAUUUGGUUCUUCCUGUAUUCGGCUCAGUAAGAAACAGAGGUAUGGUAUUAAUAUUCAUAUCGAUCCAAAACAUGUGCCCUGUUUAUCUUAAUAUUCACUGCAGCUGUUGGCUAGCUAGCUCGAGCUUAGCUGUUAGCCGCUUAGCUCCCGUUAGCUACCCUCAAAUUAGCGGUCAAAUUAUUCGCCGAAGUCGCCGCAACAUGCCAGCGCUUUAAUUUCCACUCGUCGCAUACGAACAAAAGAUACCGAGUGAAGUGUUUUGCCGGAUGUGAAUCGGCUUUAUUGAGGCUCUAACAGAUCCGCUGUUGAUAAGCUAACAGGCUCGUUGGCUCGGGCUAUGUCUUGGAUCGGAAACAUCUCGCACAAAGGCUUGCACAUGCGGCUAAAAAAAACAGACACACACGCACAUAUUCCUGCAGAAGGAUUCAUAGUGAAAUUGGUUGAAUACAUUUUUAAUUGCAAUAUUUAUGUUUUAAAUUCGAUAGCUUGUCUAUGCAUUGUUGUUCACCUUCUCGCUUGGAGCAGAUUGCAGUGUAAAAAUACCGCAAACUAGCCGGAGCCCGUCCAGCCAGUCAGCUUAUCUGAGCCUGGAUGAUGUCAUUUGAAGAUCAUCUGCUUCUGCCACCGCUCGUCGUUUCUUCAAUCAUUAUUAUCUGUGAAAAUCGGCCGAUGCACUAAUCGAUUCACUGACUGUCGCCCGUACUGCGCAUAUUUUUUUCCUCAUUUUUUCCCCUCCGUCGUUUUUCCUUUUAUUCUCUCUAUAAUUUGCUCAUUGGCAAUUCAGCAGCUGUUUGUUUGCCGAAUUGAAAAAAAAAAAAGCAGAGAAAGCAACCAUGUAUGCGUCUCAGUUAAUACAAUAAUAAAGCUACAGUGUAACAUUAAUUUCACAACAGUGGCAUCAGUGAUUUCAUUGUGCUUUUAUUUCUGUUCUUAUUUCCCUGUUUCAUAGUAUGGAGGCUGGCUCUACAUUCUGCAUUUAUCAGAUCUUUGUCGUCCCCCCAUUGUGUAGCUAAUGAUCAUCUGCUGCUGUGUGGUGUGGCGUGGCCUCUGCCUGUUCUCUGCAUUUAGCUGUAUUGUGAAUCCCUUCUUCAUUUCCUCUUUCCAUCAGAAGACGACAUUGGUAUUAAAAGCACCCCCUCCCAAGACUGUAUUCAGCAUUAGACUUUUCCAUGUUAAGCAGACUAAAACAGUAGCUAACACCUAGACCAGUGCACCUUUUUUUGUCUUUUUUUUUCUGUCAAAUUGCUGUAGCACUGAGUAAACAUAUUAGCUCCUUUCUAGAUAUCAGUUGAAUGUCAUUGUGUACCUCCCAUCCAGUCUUGAUAGACAACAUGCUGUAAAUUCCUGUAAAGUGGAUACAUUUUGCAUGAUCUCAAAUACUGCACUGCAUUGUUGAACACCAGAAUUUGGCUCAUCUUCCUUCUCUUCACACAAGGUGCAAUGUACAUGACUGAAGUGACCUCUGAUUGAAAACAAAAAGGGCAUGCUUAAUUGGAGCCACGUGCAUGCCGGCUGUAUUGAUAAUGUCAACAUUUGAGCAAACGCUGUCAUGUGAUCACUUGAAAUGGCUCAAAGGUACACUGCACCUGCACACGACAACCUGCCAUAACUGUCUCCAUUUUUGUGUAAUCCUUUUGUUCCCUUUGCAAAUUUCAAGCUUUGAAUCACACUGAAUUGUCGGGGCUGAUUUUUUUUGCCCUUAUUUUCGCGGGCAAAUUAAACUUUUGAAGAAAUUAAGUAGGAAAACAUGCUCACUGGUGGUUCAUCACUUCCCAAUUUACCCCACUAACAUAAGACCAAAAUGCUAUCCAUUUCACAGGGAUGCCUAUUUUCCUGCACUGCUAAAGAGAUCCUCUAUUAGUAAUAACGUCUUUUAUUGUUUGGUUGUGGUCUCUCUUUACCUUUUGUUCUGGUAAUAGUACUUUCAAUGCAUGGUCACAUUUAUGAUUCAUAAUUUUUUGUUUAUGUUUUUUCUACAUUGACUAGUGAAAAUCCAAUGUAAUCUUUCUGUAGUAAAGAUGUACCCUGCUGUACUGAAAUCAUGUGCUGUAGCCAACACGUCUGCUCAUUGGAUGCCGCUUUUGUUCUUUUUAACCCUAUAUGGAGCAUGGUGGGCCUUGCCUUCAGUCUAUGUUGUUUAUUUUUGUUGCAUGGAUUUAUACUAUUAUUACAAACGGAAAAGAAAGAAAACACGAAUUCCACAUAUUACUACUAAUUUUCAAUAAAGAAUAUAGUGUUUUUCCUAACCUUCAGUGUGCUUCUUGCUGAUUUCCAUUUAUUGUCCUACUCCUCCUCCUCCUCCCUUGUCCCUACCUGCCCCCCUCCCCCUUCCUCCUCCUCCUCCUCCUCCUCCACCCCCCCUCCCACCAACCUCCUCUCCCGCUGUGACAAAGAUAGACGAUUUCCACGCUUCCUCCAUCACAGGGCCUGAAUGAGUCUAUCUGCUGUCAUUCAUGGUGAUCGUACUCACUGAGACGCUUGAAAACGCAGUGUGCUACUUACAGUCUAGACUCAAGCUUUUUGACCCACGGCAGCAAGGUCACCUCUUGUCUGCGCGUUCACGCUGACACAACUGUCGAGCAGGAGCCAUAUCUCAAAAGCCAUACAGCUUAGCUUUUUUUUUUUUCUUUUUUUUCUUUUUUUUAAAAUCCUGGCUGUGUUUGAAGACAUUUACUGCGUUUUACAAGCGUGCUCCUAGUAAAUGCAAUGUAGACUUUGCCAAUUUCCUCAUGAUUUGUUAAAUUAGAAUCCACUGUGUACAUCAGAUGUCUUAUUUUAUAUGGUCAGAUUAGAGAUUUUGCAUAUUCUGUCAGAAAUGGAGGGUUUUGAUCUGCCAACGCUGAAAAAUCUUUGUGGAAUUCAGACAUAGCUGGGAAUAAUAUACUCUAAUUUCCUCCAAAGUGUCUCUCCAUUGUAAAACUGCUACAGUCCAGAAGGUCUUUGUGAGCUUAAGCACAGUAUUAAAACCAUAUUGCACCACAGCGCAAGCUAUCCAGUCUUUUCCUCCCUGUUGAGUCUCGACAGCAGUCUGUUCGCAGCGGCUGCCAAAUAGCUGUGGUUGGAGAGAGUUAAAAAAAGCAUUCAAGCUAUUUCCUCCCAACUCCUGACUGUUCAUAUGGGAGAAGAAUAGCAGAGCUACACUGAGUGUUUAAGACAUAAACAGUAGCUUUUAGUGAAGCACAGGCACAUAAUGUGAAUUUACUGUCCUGUUUUAUGUUCCUAAAACAAAGGAGUGGUGAUACAGAUAUAAACCUGCUGUUAUAAACAGUUUGUCUUUACAGAGAGCAAGGUAAUUAUGGUUUUCACUGACCUUUCACAACUGGGCUGCUCUGAGGACCAAACCUGUACACAGGUAGACUUCAUCUGUUCUGAUCCAGUGCCUUUUGUCUGAGAAUCAGAAGACCAGGAGUCCAGAGGUCGGACAUACAGUUAAAGAAACGAGCACUCGCGAUUCGUGUGCAAGCAGCGCCUAAAACGGUUUUCAUUUUCAUGGUACUUGUGGUAACCAUCAUUUUCCCACCCCUACAGAAGUAUUUGUCACCCUAGGUAAGAGGUAGGGCUUCAUUAACAUGCUAUAUCACACACACAGUGACACCACAUUUCACCCACAAUUAAUUCCAGCUAAUCUCUCCCUCCAGGUGCCUGACAUCUUCUCCUUAUCCUCCACAGGAUCCCAUUUCAACCGGCAACAGCAACAGCAGCAGCAGCAGCACAGCCAUGCUACCUCUUGCCGGCACUUCCAGUUAGGUCCUCAGGCCCCGCUGCCCAUGGACUUCCCCAUGCCCCACCCAGGGCAGCCCCAGUCAGGCAUUAACCCCCACCUGGCCCCUCCCGGCCAUCAGCAUGGCCCCCCGCUCCACCCGCCCCUCAAUCCCCUGCCCGCCCCUCAGUUCCAGGACAUCCCUGCCCCUCCCUUCCUACCUCAGGCAUUACACCAGCAAUACCUCCUCCAGCAGCAGAUUCUCGAGGCCCAGCAUCGACACAUCCUGCCACCCUCCAGACGCACCCCAGAGAGAGUUCCUCAUCAGCCCCACAGGCUGCGGCCCGGCUACGAGUUUGCUCCCCCUCUUCAUGUUCCUCCUCAGCCUGUGGUACAGCAGCCCCGCUACCUGGCUGAGGGCACAGACUGGGAUCUAAGUGUAGAUGCUGGGCUGCCCCCCCACCAGUAUCACAUCCACCCCCUGCCACAGCACUAUCAGCACUACUUGACCUCUCCAAGGAUGCACCACUUCCCUCGAAACAAUGCCUCAACACAAGUGGUUGUCCACGAGAUCAGAAACUACCCUUAUCCCCAGUUGCACUUGCUGGCUCUGCAGAGUCUCAACCCCUCCCGCCACGCAUCUGCAGUCAGAGAGAGCUAUGAGGAGCUCCUGCAGCUGGAGGACAGGCUGGGCAGUGUGAAUCGGGGAGCGGUCCAGACCACCAUCGAGAGAUUCACCUUCCCCCAUAAGUACAAAAAGAGAAUACCCCAGGACCUGAAGAUGUGUCUGGAUGACGAGGAGCUGGACACGGACGAAAAGUGCACCAUCUGUCUCUCGAUGCUGGAGGAUGGCGAGGACGUCAGGAGAUUACCCUGCAUGCACCUCUUCCACCAGGCGUGUGUGGACCAGUGGCUGGCCACCAGCAGGAAAUGCCCCAUCUGCAGAGUGGACAUUGAGACCCAGCUGACGCCGGACAGUUGAUAGUUCCUGUCUCACUCCUGCAGCUUUGGAUCUGGUCUUGUUAAUUCUCCAUCGCCUCCCUUCGCCGAAGGGGAGGAAGCUCUGCCAAACACCCCCUCUUCCCCUCUGCAUCACUCAACGAGCCUGCCUUCUGAGACAGCUGUGACGGAGGGAUCUAACAAAGCACACUCACCCACAACACAACGAGGGACGGGGGGUCGAUGCACAGACAGCUGGCUGGACUGAAGGCCGCUCGAACGGAGUUAGCCGGACGUGAAAAAAAAGGUAGGAGGGGGGGAAAACAAGGUAUGGACAGAUGUGCUGAGGCUUCACACGACUCUGUCCGAUUGUGUACCUCGUGUGCAUUUCUCCAUACGGCCGCCGAGCGACAGAGAGGACACUCUGACUACCAACCUCCCCAGCUCAGUGCGGUGUAUUAAGGCCAUUUCUCUGCCACUGUAUCCAAACCCUCCCCCCCGCCCCCUUCCCCCCGCCCCCUCCGCCCCGAGGCCUGUGAAAAAUCCUUUAAGCUGCACUCUGCCCAAGCCCUCAGCACAUCUGUACAGAACAUUAUCAAAUGAUUAGCAUGAGGUUGUUUGGUGUGAACUCUUGUAGCUGAACGCUUGUGGUGUAAUGGAGUAUAGUACUGAAUAAGUAUUUACAGAGUAACAGUGUUGUGUAGCAAGCAGAAGCCUUUUGAGAAAUAUGUUUGUGAAAAAUAAUCCUAACAGAGAAGGGGGAACGCAGCUGUGCCCGUGCGAAUAUUCAGUGUGUUUAAUCAUAGGCAACCAGAGAAAGAGAUAGUUGUGUUAAAAAAAGGCCAAAAAUCCCUCUUUCUUGUCUAACAUGGUUUUGGAUUUCCGGUUAGUAGACGCCAUCAGAGUUGAUGCUCAAACCCGCUAACUGCAGGCAUGGCUUCCAGUGACGUGUGUAGUGUCGUAGUGGGGCCUCUAUAACCUAGAGCGGGGGCCCCAGAUGUGCAUGCUGUAUGGCAGGCUUGGGCUGUGUCGUUGAUAUUGUGGAGCAGUAGAACCAGGGAAACUGUGUCUGUGCAUGUGAAACCGUAUAUUAUGACUCUGAUGAUCCCACUCAUCCACAGGGGAGGUAGAGAAUGCACCUGAACACCCGCCCCCGCGCCCCCUCCCCCCCUCCCCUCCCCUCCCCUCCCCGCCCCGCCCUGACCCAUCCCGGGUAGACCACGAGUUGCUCUUAGACGCCGAUCUCAGACCCGUGUAGCAUUUCUCUCCCCGAGAGUCGAGCGAUUGGGACUCAAAGAGCUGCUAGCGGGGUCGGCGUCUAACAGCAACUCCCCUCCGCGGCCUCGCUCCUGGCAUGACGGCGACGGCGUGAGGCUGGCAUGGGCUUUGAGGAUGCAGUGCCUGAGUUUUGCCAUCAGAGUGAAUAAAAAAAAAAACAUUUGUAUUACCUAUUACCAGAACCUUAUUGCCUAUCGAACAAGCACAUGUGAUUUCUAUAUACAGUGAAUCGCCUCUGUUGUGUUUCAGCUCCUUUCAUUUCAGUCUGAGUUGCUCCCACUGUUUGAUUUAUAGAAAAAAAACGAAAAAAACAAAGCAAAACAAAAUGACUGUGUCUGGUGUUACAGGGAAAAUACAAAACUAGUUUGCCUGUGAUAUGUGCUAGAAUGUGUAUGAUUGUCCCCACUGCCCUCUUCCCCCAUGGUAGUAGUGUAUGGUAUUGCUAGAACAACUGUGACAUGUUCGGUGAUAGACGCUGUUUUCUCUAUAUCAUGCAUGAACCAUGUUGGCGUAGUUCACUUGAAGGAGGGUGAAAGGGAGAAAAAGCCAUCCAUUUGAAAAAUACCAAACAAUUGUUCUUAACAUUAGUUUAUUUCAAUUGUCUUUUUUCUGCCAUUUGUUUUUUUUUUUUUUUCUUCUUCUUCUUUGUUUCGGUUAAUUUUUUUUUCUUCUUUUUUUUGCUCACAUGCCAAUUUGGACAUGGUACUAAUAUGCCGAGUCCCUGUCCAUUUUAACCAUAGUGAAGAAAAGCUGCAAUGCUGCAAAAACAUAUUUAUUGUUGUUAUAAUGUAGCUUGUGUUUUGUAAAUGCACUAUAAUAUGGAGUUGCCUGAUUUUUUUGGUUUGGUGGCGUGGGUUCUUCUUGUCCUAGUUUUUUGUGUUUCUUUUCAUUUACGAGUAUUUUCAUGCUUCCUUGUGUACUAUUGGAGGGUAACUUGACUGUUUGUGUUGCGUUUUUAUUUUUCCUUUUUUGUAUGAAGCCUCCAUCCAAAAAACUACAGAUGGAUGAAAAUGGAGGUUUGCUAGUUCACAUAGAAUGCUGUGAUUAAAGAUGCCUUAAGUAUUUAACAAUCAUUAUUUAUUACUAACUGUAGCUAGCUAGCUAUUGUGGUGGAAUAUUUAAUGUCUCUAUCUCAUAACUUUGCAAUUUAAUCAAUAUAUUUAUUUAAAAUAACACAAAAUAUUAAAAAAAGAAUACCUCAUUAUGCAUUGGUCGGUGGGGAUGCUUCUGCAUGCCGUCUGUGUUUUCUUUUUCAGAGGAGAAUAAAAAAGAAACUAGUUGAAAAAUUGACUGGGGAGAGGAGGGGGCGUUUCCCAACACAUUUUACUAGCCAGCAUGGUGCUGUUAAUCUGGAUUACAUUCCAUUCAUGUCAUCUCUUGAUUUGUUCUUAGUACCGUUUUAAAAUAUCCGUCAGGGCGCAGCCCUGUUUGUCUUAGCUUGCUUUUCUCACAUGAUACCGCUUUGCUCGUCAUAAUCAGUCAUGUUUGAGUCCGUUUUAGACUUUUCCUUUUUUGUUUUUUAACUCAUGUUCAUGAUAUCCGUCGUAUCCGGAUCAGAAUUUAGUGCUUCUUACUUUAGGGCCCACAUUAACCAGCUGUAAUAUUUGUUCUUAACGUAUUGCUGGCAGUUGCUUUGUGUGGGACUUUGGGGCGUAUCUAACAUGCUAACUUGAGCCAUUGAUCUUCUUGAGCAAACUUCUGGUGUACUGUGGUUAUACAAUAUAGAUGUUUUACACCUGGGUAUAAUAAGCUAACUCUGUUUUCGGUGUGCAUUUCUUCUUAAUACUCUACUAAUCCCGCAAAUUAUUAUAAAAAACGUAUUGGAUUGGAAUGAAGCUGGCUGGUCUUACUCUUAUUAUUCUUUCAUUUUGUGCUCUCACUGGCCUUACCCCGUGCCCUCCACAGUGUACCCCAUAACUCCAGAGCGAACUGGACAGUAGCCAUAGUAUUAACUCAAGCUGAUGAACCGGAAUGAACAGUAGAACUUAAAGCACAAGCUUUUUAAUGCAUGUCCUUCUCAGGUUUUCCUAUGUGUAUGUGGGAGUAGCUCUGUAGAUGUGUUUAAUAUGAUGCUGUACCUUCUUGAAUAUUUCAGAUGUUUCUUUGCUGCUGAAAAAAAAAAAAAGUUGAUUAUUAACCUGCCAGUGAAAAAGGGAAGUGGCCAUCUUUGUACAACACACUGCUGUUUUGCUGUAACCGCGCAAUGUUUUAUGAUCUUGAGUAUUUUAUAGAAAAGUAGAAGUAUGUAUCAAUAAUAUGAAAGCAAUAGCUAAAUCAUAAUGAAGAAUAACAUGAUCAGUGAAUAUUGUGGAAAAUCUUUAGAUUCACUCUGGGUGGAUUUUGUACUGUAUUUAUUACUAAUGAUGAUGCAAAAAGUUGCAUAGCUUAACCCAAACUGUUCUGUCUCUUUUUUAUUUAUUGUCUUGUACAUGAUCUUUUUGUAUGUGUUUUUCAAAUAAACUGCCUAAAAUGCUGAGAA